CCCCUCGCUCCUCCCCGCCGGCAGGGGGUGGCAGGUGGGCGGGGCUCGCUGCGAGCGGUGGAAGGACGGCGGGUCGCGGAUAGACGGACCGAGCCGCCGGCCGCCGCGCCCCCCUCGACCCCCCCCCCCCCCCCGACAUGGCGGCCGCCGUCGCGGGGCUCCGCGCCUCCUACCACCGCCUGCUUGACCGCAUCGAGCUCAAGCUGCCGCCGCGGUUCCGGCCGUUUUACAACCACCCGGCAGGUCCUAAAACAGUGUUUUUCUGGGCACCUAUUAUGAAAUGGGGUUUGGUAUGUGCCGGCAUGGCUGAUAUGACCAGACCAGCAGAGAAGCUCAGCACAGCACAGUCCGCGGUACUAAUGGCCACAGGCCUUAUUUGGUCAAGGUACUCUCUAGUUAUUAUUCCUAAAAACUGGAGUCUGUUUGCUGUGAACUUCUUUGUUGGCUGUGCUGGCGGCUCUCAACUCUUCCGAAUAUGGAGGUAUAAUCAGGAGCUAAAAGCAAAACAACAUGAGCAGCUGCAGCAAAGAGAUGCUUAACCCAACAGGUCAAAUCCAACAACGCACAAACCCUUCCCCACGGGACCUAGCUUCACUAAUUUUAAUGGUUUUUUUCCUCUGAGAAAAUGAAAGAGGAAAUCUAAAUGUCUAGAGAGCAAGUGUUUUCUAAGUGCAAAUAACAAAGUAUCUCCAUACAUUUAAAUAAAGUGCAACCUUUUAAAUUGAAGUAAAA